AGGAAGACUGAGGCGAAGAAUGUCGUGAUCUUCUUCUCCUCCUCCGCUUCCUCUCUCUCUCUCUCCCUCUUUCCUGCAGAAGAAGAAGAACAAGAAGGCGAAGAUGUCGGGAGGAAUUGCUCGUGCGCGACUCGCCGAGGAGCGGAAGGCGUGGCGUAAGAACCAUCCCCAUGGUUUUGUAGCGAAGCCGGAGACGCUGCAAGAUGGUACUGUCAAUUUGAUGGUUUGGCACUGCACCAUCCCUGGGAAAGCUGGGACUGAUUGGGAGGGGGGUUUUUUCCCUCUAACUCUCCACUUCAGUGAGGAUUAUCCAAGCAAACCACCAAAGUGCAAGUUUCCGCCAGGUUUUUUCCAUCCCAAUGUCUACCCAUCCGGAACUGUGUGCCUCUCCAUUCUUAAUGAGGACUAUGGAUGGAGGCCAGCUAUCACAGUGAAGCAAAUACUUGUUGGGAUACAAGAUUUACUGGAUCAACCAAAUCCUGCAGAUCCUGCUCAGACUGAUGGUUAUCAUCUCUUUAUCCAGGAUCCGACAGAAUACAAGAGACGAGUUAGGCUCCAGGCCAAGCAAUACCCAUCACUUGUGUGAUCCAUGUGUGAAUCUUGUUUAACUCUUUCCGUUCUUGACAUGGAUAUUAGUCAAACAGUGAUGUAUGCAAAGUUCCGUGUGUCCAGGAAGUCGUGCCACUGAAGUUUGUUUUGUUCUAUCCCGGACUUGACCAAUAUGGUUUAUGGGUGACGUCUCUAUAUUGUUCUCUUGCCUUUGUUCCAUGACUCUGUUCUAGACAAAAGCCAUGACCAAUGUACAUUUAUAUAUACACAGCCAUUGGGUAGCUUCUGGAUCUCCAUUUUGGAGCUCUUGAUUUUAUCAACUAGCAACUUCUAGUC